UACAAUUCUGGUCUGACUGGUAUCGUGCUGUGGACUUGAAGCAUAUUCAAUUUACUCGGGUACGUGCUCCCAUAGCUGUGCAUUUACAAAGGCUGGGUUCCUCCACUCUCACACGCCAUUGUACUACUGCCCACGAAACCUGGCUUGUGCACUACGGCGACUAGAAAUUUGGGACAGCAAAUAGUGCACCAAAAAGUCCCCUCGUCCCCCAACUUUUUUCCCGCACUCACAGUCCUUUGUCUCUUCCCCAAAACGCUGUGCGUGAAUAGUGAGGAAAGGCUGAGAGCUGACCUGAACAUAGUCAAUCAUGGCAUCCCAGGAGCCGCGCAAGACCGCUAUCAUUUCCGUCUAUGACAAGACUGGCUUGCUGGAUCUCGCCAAGGGCUUGAUCAAGAACAAUGUCCGCCUGCUGGCCUCGGGCGGCACCUCUAAAAUGAUCCGGGAGGCUGGUUUUGAGGUUGAAGACGUCUCUGCCAUUACCCACGCCCCGGAGAUGCUCUCAGGCCGCGUCAAGACCCUCCACCCCGCCGUGCACGCUGGCAUCCUUGCCCGCGACCUCGCCUCGGACGAGAAGGACCUUGCCGAGCAGAACAUUAACAAGGUUGACUUUGUCGUCUGCAACCUCUACCCCUUCAAGGACACCAUUGCCAAGGUCAAUGUUACCAUUCCCGAAGCCGUCGAGGAGAUUGACAUUGGUGGUGUCACUCUCAUUCGCGCUGCCGCCAAGAACCACUCCCGCGUCACCAUCCUCAGCGACCCCUCUGACUACCCCGAGUUCUUGCAGGAGCUGAGCAAGGGCAACGUCUCGGAGAAGAGCCGUCAGCUCUACGCCCUCAAGGCUUUCGAGCACACUGCUGACUACGACACCACCAUUAACGACUUCUUCCGCAAAAAGUACGCCGCCAACGGCCUGCAGCAUCUCUCCCUGCGCUACGGCGCCAACCCCCACCAAAAGCAUGCUUCCUGCUACGUUCGUGGCCAGAAGCUGCCCUUCAAGGUGCUCAGCGGCUCUCCCGGCUACAUCAACCUGCUCGACGCCCUCAACGCGUGGCCCCUCGUCAAGGAGCUCAAGCGCGCGCUCAACUACCCCGCCGCCGCCAGCUUCAAGCAUGUCUCGCCCGCUGGUGCUGCCAUUGGUGUGCCCCUGAGCCCCAAGGAGCGCAAGGUCUACAUGGUUGAUGACAUUGAGGGUCUUGAGCGCUCCGCCCUCGCCCAGGCCUACGCACGUGCCCGCGGUGCCGACCGCAUGUCGAGCUUCGGCGACGUCAUUGCCCUGUCCGACGAAGUGGACGUUACGACUGCCAAGAUCAUCUCUCGCGAGGUCUCGGACGGCAUCAUCGCCCCCGGCUACUCGGCCGAGGCUCUCGAGCUCUUGUCCAAGAAGAAGGGUGGCCGCUACCUUGUCCUUCAGAUGGACGAGGAGUUUGAGCCCUACAAGCAGGAGACCCGUACCGUCUACGGCAUCCAGCUCUCUCAGCGUCGCAAUGACGCCACUAUUGUGCCGAAAUCCACCUUCAAGACAGUCAUCACCCCCAAGGAUGCCAACGUGCCCGAGUCCGCCCUCCGUGACCUCACCGUUGCCACCAUUGCGCUCAAGUACACGCAAUCCAACUCUGUCUGCUACGCUUUGAAUGGCCAGGUCAUUGGUCUUGGCGCUGGCCAGCAGUCGCGCAUUCACUGCACCCGUCUUGCCGGUGACAAGGCCGACAACUGGUGGAUGCGUUUCCAUGACCGCGUCCUUGACAUUAAGUGGAAGAAGGGCACCAAGCGCCCCGACAAGAGCAACGCCAUUGACCUGCUCUGCAGCGGCGAGCUCCCCUCAUCGGGCCCCGAGCUGGAGGAGUACGAGAAGAGCUUUGAGGAGGUCCCCACGCCCUUCACCGCCGAGGAGCGCGAGGCUUGGGCGAAGAAGCUGAGCGAGGUUGCCGUCAGCAGCGACGCUUUCUUCCCCUUCAUUGACAACGUCUUCCGUGUCGCCCGCUCUGGUGCCAAGUACAUUGCUGCGCCUACGGGUAGCCAGAACGACCAGGCCGUCUUUGACACGUCAGCGGAGCUUGGUAUCACCUUUAUUGAGCAGAGCAUCCGUCUUUUCCAUCAUUAAAUCUCUGGUAGAAUUAACGGCUCUUGAGCGCCGGCGUUCUUUUGCUCGGCUUCAAGGUUGCGACUGAACGAAGCGGGAGUUUUAUGCGUGGGACAUGAAUUUAUAUCCAAGUGUGACGUUUCUUAGAUGCAGAGUAGCUACGACUAUUUCGUCUUCGCAUUCAACAUAGGGACAUUUUAUU